CUGUCGCUUCAGGGGAAGGUUCGUAGGUUAAAGGCUAAACACGCUGCUCCACAUGUGUUAUGUUUUGUUACUAUAAUUUGUAAUGUAUUAAAAUAAAGUGCAGUAACAUGGGGAAGAAUAAGAAGAACAAAACUAACGAGUCGGGAAAACAAGCUGGCAAGGCCGGACAACAUUCAAGUGACAAGAAGCUCAAACGAGAUGGUAAACCCAAGAAAGUCAAAAGAGACCACAUUGAACACAUCCCGUUUAAACUCCGAGAGAUAAUGAAGAGCAAAGACAGAAUGAAAACGGGGUCUUUGAAGGCCAAAAAGCUCAAAGAAGUUUCUGUCUUUUCAGCCAUCUCCCCUAAAGGCAAACCAGGGGACUCCCAGGGUGGAGACAUACCUGUGCCACAUUUCAAGAGGAGAAAGGAGGAGAGUGUGAAAGCAUACCUGCGCCGCAUGGAAAAUGAAACACAACACGUCCUCUUCCUCACCAAGAACCAGUUAGACAGAAACCCUGAGCGGGAUGAAGACAAGGGCAAGUCUGAGAAGAAGAAGGAGUCUGAUAAAGUCCGAUUACUGAGGCUACAGCAGAAGAAGCUGGACAGACAAGAGACCAAGAUGGAAAAGGAGAUGUUCGUAGAUAAUGUUCCCUUUGGUGAAGUUUCAAUGGCCCCGCCGUCUUUGAGCGCCAAACCCAAGAAAGCUCCGGUCAAGUCUCAGAAGGCAUCAAAGGAUCUGCUCCUCAACUCUCUCCUGGGCCACACGGCGGUCUCCACAGCCAAGCCCUCCAUGGCCAGGCAGAGAAUGAUGGAGGAGGAGAGGGAGCGAGCAGUGGAGGCCUACCGCCUUCUUAAGAAACAGAAACAGCAGCAGCACGAGGCCAGGCAUGCCAAUCUGGAAAAACUCAAGAACCUCAAGUGAUGUUUCAUGUCAACGAAGUAUAUAAUUCACUGACUUCAGUCAGCAGUGACGCUGAUAAACUGAAACGGACCGUGAGAUAGUAACCAUCAGCACACCGUUUGUGUUCUGUGCGCUGGAACUGAUGCGUCAGUGGGGAUGUUUACUACAAUGUACCAAACUGUUAGGGAAAGGAGCGAACAUUUGCAUCCGCUGCCCACAGAGUGAGGUGAGUAUAGUGACCAACAUUCACCUGCAGCUUUCAGUUUCACAUGUUCAGCUCAAAGGAGAACAGAAUAAACAAGUGGUUAGUGCCUGUCUAAAUAUCUUAUAAUGGAGACAAACUAACUAAGAACAUUGAGACAGGCGACUGUUGUUUAUUUCUCACCCUUGUAACUGUCAGAUGUUCACAGGCAGGUGAAUUUGCAUCUUUAGGUUAUCACUAGCACAUCAUUUGUGAAAUGAUGGACAAUAAAAUCACUGAGGCCAUGUGAAGGCAAAGACAAACCUGUAAUUGUUUGCUGUGGUCCCACUAGAUGGCAGUCCUCCUGUAGAAAGCUGUUUCCAUAUUGUCCAUGUGAAGAGCUGACACAACAUGCAGACUGAUCGUUUCUGGUAUUUUUAAAAGUAAAUAUGUAUUUUUGAUGCUUUAUUAGAUUUGUAAAUUAAGUAUUCAAAAUAUUGUGGAAUAUUUUCGUGCCUUGUUUCCCUUUGUACCUCCCCGAGAGCCUGAAUCCUGGGAUAAAUAAAUCACUCUGCAUUUAUUAGAGCCUGGCACAGCUAUUUACAUUUGUAAUCCGGUAAAGAUUUACGCUCAUGAACAAGGUCUUUGUUGAAACAGUGGACUCUGGGACAAACUGUGCAGAUUCAGUUUGUUUAACACUUUCAUCUGUCAAAUCAUCCACGAUACAAAUGCAAACAUUUUGCUGAUUUUGUUUAUUUCAUUAUUUAGCAGAAUAUCCACUGAAUAAUAUCACCAGAUGGUUUUACCUAUUGAUACUGGAUCUCUGUUCUGUGGUUUCACAGUCGUUUCUGUUUGAUCAGCUUUUUUUGUUUGCUCUGUGUUUGUCCACUGAGGGUUGUCACAGUGACAAGGAAAUGCAUUAAGUGGGGACAGCUGCUUCUGAUUGGUAGUGCAGUCUCCCUUGAGCUGAGCUCAACAACCAUUGGUCAUCCACCUCUUGUGUCCAUGUGCACAAGACAGCUGUUGGUAUUAUCUAGGGAUUUACAGUUGCUGCCUGUCAGAGAAAGAUGCUGUUUUUGAUUUCAGCUCAAGUCAACGAUCACGAUAUGUGUUUAUUUACCCUCCUCUGCUCAGUGACACCUUGCCAGUAUUUCUUUAUGAGAUAGAUGGGUAAAAUCCAGCUAGGCUCCUCAGGGUUUAUCUAUGGUGCUUACCACGGGGCUACAACUAAGAAUUAUUUUAAUUGUCCCCCAAAGCCCAAGAUGAUGUCCUUAAAUGUCUUGUUUUGUCCACAGCCUAAAGAUGAUGAGUUUACUGUCAUAGAGGAAAAAAGAAACUACAAAAUAUUGACAUAUAAGAAGACGGAAUCAGAGAAUUUUUAAUAUAUUUUUUAAAUAACUCAAGCCGAUUAAUAGUUGACAACUAAUCGAUUAAUCGUUGCAGCUGUGUCAGUGGUGUUAGACAGUGACCAAAGCUGUUCAUGGACAUGCUAAAAAAACACUGUAUUAGAUGUUUGAAUGCUGUUUUGUUUACAUUUGGAUACUAUUUUCCUGCUUUUCCGAGACUGUGCUGCCUCUCUGCAUCUGUAUUUGUAGCUUUUUGCAUUUGUUUUUCUAUCCACGCAGGUGGAGGCCCAAGGCAUCGCAGAGUAAAAUCUAGCGUUCUGUUGUUCAUCUCUGAUCAGUCCGAUUUCCAGUUUGUGAGCAAUUUCCUCUCUGAGCAAGCACUCCUGGCUGCUGACAGCACAGGAUGGUGGGAGUAAUUGGGAGAGAGCCUACUCAGCCUGCUGCUAGGCAGCCACAGCUCACUCUGAAGCUCUGAAAGUGUGUACAUGUUUGAGCGUGUGUGUGACAAAUUGUAUGUGAUUAAUUGUUUCUCUCCUUUGGAGAAAAGGAAGAACUCGUAAGUCAGA